AUGGGUGUGAAUGCAGCUUCUGUACUCAAUCGACUUCUUCAGCGCAACACCCACAAGCCUAAAGCUCUACCCACCGACUCCAAAGCCUUAACCACAACAACUGUCCUUACUCACCUCAACGCCGGUCGCCUCCGAAAAGCCGUAUCCAUCCUCUUUGCUUCCCCAGUUCCCUUCCCCUUUUCACUCUAUGCUCGCCUUUUCCAGAUUUGUUCUUCCAAUCUUGCAAUCGUUGAGGCCCGUAAAGUGGAAUCCCACUUGAUUACCUUCUCGCCUGCACCGCCGAUCUUUCUUUUGAACCGUGCGAUUGAAACCUAUGGAAAAUGCGGUUGUUUGGAUGAUGCUAGGGAGCUGUUUGAGGAAAUGCCCCAAAGGGAUGGUGGUUCGUGGAAUGCGAUGAUCACGGCCUAUGCGCAAGGUGGGUGUGCGGAGAAGGCCUUGUGGUUGUUCUUGAGGAUGAAUAGAUUGGGGAUUUGGGCUAAUGAGAUCACGUUUGCUAGUGUUCUUGGAUCUUGUGCUACAGUAUUGGCACUGUUUCUUUCGAAACAGAUUCAUGGGCUUAUCGUGAAAUAUGGUUUUUGCUGGAACGUAAUUUUGGGGAGUUCUCUGGUUGAUAUAUAUGGGAAAUGUCGGGUUAUGAGUGAUGCACGUAGAAUGUUUGAUGAAAUUGAGAAUCCAAAUGCCAUUUCCUGGAAUGUGAUUGUCAGGCGGUAUCUUGAGAUGGGUAAUGAAAAGGAAGCAGUUGUUAUGUUUUUUAAGAUGAUCCGAGCAAACAUUAGGCCAUUGAAUUUUACAUUCUCCAAUGCUCUUAUUGCUUGUUCUAGUAUAUCUGCACUCCAGGAGGGGAUUCAGAUUCAUGGAGUUGCAAUUAGGAUUGGUUAUGACGAGGAUGAGGUGGUUUCUAGCUCUCUUAUUGAUAUGUAUGCAAAAUGUGGGGGUUUGGAGAGCGCUUGUAGGAUUUUUGAACUGCCCAGUUCAAAAAAUUUGAUCUCCUGGACUUCAAUUGUGUCGGGGUAUGCAAUGAGUGGGCAAACAAGAGAGGCAAGAGUGCUCUUCGAUGAGAUGCCAGAAAGGAGUGUAAUCUCAUGGAAUGCAAUGUUAGCAGGGUAUACACAUUUCUGCCAAUGGGAAGAGGCUUUGGAAUUUGUUUUUCUGAUGCGCAAAGCAACUCAAGACAUUGACCAUGUCACUGUUGGGUUAAUCCUAAAUGUGUGUGCUGGUCUUUCAGAUGUUGAAUUGGGAAAACAGGUUCAUGGGUUUAUCUAUAGGCAUGGUCUCUAUUCCAAUCUCUUUGUUGGCAAUGCACUUCUUCACAUGUAUGGGAAAUGUGGGAACUUGAGAAGCACAAGACUUUGGUUCUACCAGAUGAGUCAUUGGCGAGAUAGGAUUUCUUGGAAUGCUCUAUUGACUAGCCAUGCUCGCCAUGGCUUGAGUGAAGAAGCUAUGACAAUUUUUGGGGAGAUGCAAUGGGAGACAACGCCAUCUAAAUUUACGCUUGGUACACUUUUGUCAGCUUGUGCAAAUAUUUUUGCGCUUGAGCAAGGUAAACAAAUCCAUGGGUUUAUGAUUAGAAAUGGUUAUGAGAUAGAUGUUGUUGCCAGAGGAGCUUUGGUAGACAUGUAUUCCAAAUGUCGAUGUCUUGAAUAUGCCCUCAAGGUUUUUAAAGAGGCUCCUUCACGGGAUUUGAUUCUUUGGAACUCCAUGAUUUUGGGAUGUUGUCACAAUGGAAGGGGUAGAGACGUACUUGGACUGUUUGGAUUGAUGGAGGAAGAAGGGGUUAAGCCUGACCACAUCACCUUUCAGGGUAUUUUGCUUGGUUGUAUUUGUGAGGGUCUUGCUGAGUUAGGUACUGAGUAUUUUAAUUCAAUGAGCAACAAGUACUGUAUCAUACCUCGAUUGGAGCAUUAUGAGUCCAUGAUUGAACUGUAUGGUAGGCAUGGGUUCAUGGAUGAGCUUGAGGAUUUCAUUAAGAGGAUGCCAUUUGAGCCCACUGUUGCAAUGUUGACAAGAGUCUUCAAUGCUUGCAGUGAACAUGGUCACUCAAGGUUGGGAAAAUGGGCUGCCGAACAACUAAAUGAAUUGAAUCCUUCAACUCCAUUUCAUUUUCAAAUUUUGGACAGAAGCAGAGUGGGCAAGUAGUAAUAAUCCGAACCACAAAUUGGAGGGAAUUAUAUUCACAGCUUCUGACCAUGCAAGAUGACAGAAGCUUGGGUCAAGCUUUGUAUUCUAAUGUCAUGUGCUGAGCUGCUUGCUGGAUGCCAGUGUUGGUAGUUAUUCAUGACCUCGAGAAUGGGAGUCUGGAUAUUUUACUCUAGAACCGUCUGUCAAUUCAUGUUGAUCUAUACAUGGGAGGACAUUUUGAGUUUUUGAUCUGUACAUGAAAGGAGUCAUCAGAUAGAGCUCCAAAGAAGCAUAUUGGUUCCUACAUCAAAUAAGUGCAAGCUAGAGCUCCAACAAAAAAGGAAGAUUUUUUGGAAAAACUUUACUGUACUGUCCCCUGUAAGAGUACUUAAACUGCUACAGGAGGAAGUUGGCUUCAGACAGUCAUAACCAAUCCUACAAAGGUGCCCAUCUACAGGUAUAUGUUAUGCACGUGGUGGAGUUAAAUUAUCUUUUAACUUGUUAGGCAGAGGUCAGAUGGACUCUCUGUAGGACUCAUUAUUUCCGAUUACCCUCGCGUUUCCUUCAAAUUAAUGUACAUUUUUGUUGAUCGAGAAAGAAGACAAGAUGGUUUCAUUGA